GUCAUACUACAGCUGUUUGCUAGAAAUCACUCAACGAGAAGAAUUUUAAUUAUUAAUAGUAAAAUUUACUCGAGAAUUUGUGUUUAAAAUGAGAAACUUACUUUUAGCUACAGUUUGUGCUUUGAUGUUGGCUUUAGUCUUUGGUAAGACAACAUGUAACAACAACGAAAGCGACAUGUGUAGCAAGUGUUAUUGUAAUGCAAAUGAAGAACGCAUAUGUUCAAAAAGCAUCGUAUGUAUGUUAAAUAAUCAUGCAUUAAGUCGUGGAAUUCGCGAUGUUGAAAGCAAAUCAGGCACAAAUAGAAUUCAUAAUGAGGCCACGAAUGUUUUAGGAUUUAUGAUCGAAGACUGUACUCCACUUGAAACGAAAUUUAAGAGCUGCAAUUUCUGUAAGUGUGCCAGAAAUGGAAAAGGAUGGUUUUGUACACAGAAGGAAUGCAUACCUAAACAUUAGUGAAACAUCUUGAUAGUCAGCAUAAUGAAUGCAUGAAAAUUUGAAUUUGGGGUGUGCCAAGAGGCUUUAUAAAUAUUUUUUAAGGAAUAA